AUGGGCGGAGCAGAACAACUGUGCAAGUUAGCGUCGAGUGUUGGCUUCAUCGACGUACCUUCUGCUCUUGGACACAUCAAUUUCACGCGACUCGUUACGGAGACACCCAUAGCUGUUGUCAUUGCUGCCGCCUCUCUCGCCACCUCCACCGCUUCCGCCACACUCGUCACCACCACAGUGGCCACUGCGACCACUUCCACCACCCGGUCCACUAUCACGCUGCCGCAGAGCACUGACAAAAGUCGGCUAACCAUGGGCGAAGUGCAAUCCGAGUUUCCUAAGACGUAUAUGGAUCAUGGAAACUUUGCGAGGAGUGCUAAGAGACUUCACGUUAUUGUGUGA